GGAUUCAGCAUCCCUCCCUUCCCAGGCAGCGGCCACAGAUCCCCAGCAGAGCUCCUGCCCACAAACAUGGCUGCGCCCUGUUCAGCUUCUCCUUGCUGGGACCCGCUGGCCCGGCCGGCCUUGCCAGUACUCGGGGACUUCCUCCACGAGCCGGCUUCCUGCACCGCUGGCAUUUAAACCCGCGGCUGGGGCUGCGGGCUGCGGCUGCGGAUGCUGAGCUGUCCUCGGAGUGGGCAGCGCCGCCGCCUCCUCUGAGCGACCUGGCUUGACAGGAGCAGAGCCGAAGCGUCCCCUAACUGGAUCCGGGCCAGAGCAGGAGAGGUCUGAGGGGAACGCCGGCAUCUAGCAGUUUAAUUACAGGUUUGACUUUAAUUUCCAAGAUCGCAACCCUCCUGCCCAACCUAGAUAUUUUCCCUCCCUCCGGCCUUGGUUGCUGGAUGAAGAAGGGGCUGGGCUUGGUCCCAGGAGCUUGGGAAGAGCACGUUUUCGGCCCCGCGACGUCGCCCCAGGGACCCACGAGCCGCGCGCCCUGGUCAUGGUACAGCUGAGCCUGGCGCUCGGGUGAGGCGGCGGCGCUGCUCCAGACUGGCUGGCCCGCCCUGCGGAGCAUCUUCCCGAGUAGCCAAGGGCGCCGGGACGCGGGGCUCCGUGUCCUCCUGUUGGAGCUGCGCUCAAGGGGCGAGCAGCAGCCGCGAUGUUCAGCUGGCUGGGUUCCGACGACCGGAGAAAGGAGCCGGAGGUCUUCCACACAGUGAGCGAGGGGCUCAAGAAACUCUACAAGACCAAACUGCUGCCCCUGGAAGAGUAUUAUCGCUUCCACGAGUUUCAUUCGCCUGCCCUGGAAGAUGCCGAUUUCGACAACAAGCCCAUGAUCCUGUUGGUGGGCCAGUACUCCACUGGGAAGACCACCUUCAUCAGGUACCUGCUGGAACAGGAUUUCCCAGGCAUGAGGAUUGGGCCCGAGCCAACCACCGACUCCUUCAUUGCGGUGAUGCAGGGCGACGUGGAGGGGAUCAUCCCUGGGAACGCCCUGGUGGUCGAUCCUAGGAAACCCUUCCGGAAACUCAACGCCUUUGGCAAUGCCUUCUUGAACAGGUUCGUGUGCGCCCAGCUGCCCAACCCCGUGCUGGAGAGCAUCAGUAUCAUCGACACCCCGGGCAUCCUCUCUGGCGAGAAGCAAAGGAUCAGCCGAGGGUACGACUUCGCGGCGGUCCUGGAGUGGUUUGCCGAGCGGGUGGACCGCAUCAUCCUGCUCUUUGACGCCCACAAGUUAGACAUCUCUGAUGAGUUCUCAGAAGUCAUCAAGGCCCUCAAGAACCACGAGGACAAGAUGCGGGUGGUGCUAAACAAGGCCGACCAGAUCGAGACGCAGCAGCUGAUGCGGGUGUACGGGGCCCUCAUGUGGUCCCUGGGGAAGAUCGUGAACACCCCAGAGGUGAUCCGGGUCUACAUCGGCUCAUUCUGGUCCCACCCCCUUCUCAUCCCUGACAACCGGAAGCUCUUUGAGGCUGAGGAGCAGGACCUGUUCAGAGACAUCCAGAGUCUGCCCCGAAACGCUGCCCUGCGCAAGCUCAAUGACCUCAUCAAGAGAGCCAGGCUGGCCAAGGUCCACGCCUACAUUAUCAGCUCUCUGAAGAAAGAGAUGCCCUCCGUGUUCGGGAAAGACAACAAGAAGAAGGAGCUGGUGAACAACCUGGCCGAGAUUUAUGGCCGGAUCGAGCGGGAGCACCAGAUCUCACCUGGGGACUUUCCCAACAUAAAGAGGAUGCAGGACCAGUUGCAGGCCCAGGACUUUAGCAAAUUCCAGCCCCUGAAAAGCAAGCUGCUGGAGGUGGUCGACGACAUGCUGGCCCACGACAUUGCCCAGCUCAUGGUGCUGGUACGCCAGGAGGAGACACAGAGGCCUGUCCAGAUGGUGAAGGGCGGAGCGUUCGAGGGCACCCUGCACGGCCCCUUCGGCCACGGCUACGGGGAGGGGGCCGAGGAGGGCAUUGACGACGCCGAAUGGGUGGUGGCGCGGGACAAGCCCAUGUACGAUGAGAUCUUCUAUACGCUGUCACCGGUGGACGGCAAGGUCACGGGGGCCAACGCCAAAAAGGAGAUGGUGCGCUCCAAGCUGCCGAACAGCGUCCUGGGCAAGAUCUGGAAGUUGGCUGACAUCGACAAGGACGGCAUGCUGGAUGAUGAGGAGUUUGCACUGGCCAACCACCUCAUCAAGGUCAAGCUGGAGGGGCACGAGCUGCCCAAUGAGCUGCCCGCCCACCUCCUGCCCCCAUCCAAAAGGAAAGUCGCCCAGUGAUGGGCACAGGGGGAGGCUCCAGUGUUACCGGAGAUGGGAGAGGAGAUCACACACACACACUCGCAUGCACAGAUCCUGUAAACUGCACUGAAGAUGAGAGAGGUCAGUCACCCCAGGUUGCCAGGCUGAUCUUUGUUUGGAUACAACUUCUCAGCAUUGGUAGCAGCACAGGAGAAUGCCCAGGGCCCCAAGUUUCAAGCCUUGGUCUCUCUCCCUCUCUCCCUCCCAUCUUCCACUGCGCAGAGAGCUGCCUUCUCCCCUGGAGGCAGUUAGGUCCCCGGCCCACAGAUGGCUCACCCUCCUCCAGAUUCCCCGAUUUGGAGCAGAUGGGAAAGCUUUUCACUUAAUAGGCAAGUCACGUGGUUUUCUGAGCUUUCUGCCCCUCUCUGGCUUCCUGAUAUGAAAUCUGCUCCAAGCUCAGGAGAGAUGCAGGAAGGGGGCUGCAGCGGAGAGGAGAGGGGAGGAGGGGAGUAUCCUCGGGGAUCCAGGUCCCAGACUGGAGCUGUUCUUUCCCAGGUUUAGGCUCUGUCUGCCUCGGUAACCCUGGCUUUGAACCCUGCCCGCAUUUCAUUUCAAAGAACCCCGGUGAGGGAGGGAGAGGAGGAAAUAUCAGCAGGAAAGAAAGCAAAGAAACUGUCCUGUCAUUCUCUCCCCAAAGCCAGUCGAGGUGGUUUUAUUGCACAGAUUUUGUGAGAUUCGUGUUUUUCUCCACCUGGCCUCUGGUGUGUGGAUGCUCAGACUCGACUCACAUUUAUCCAGCCCCUCGUGUGUGCCAGGAGCUGUCUUAGACACUUUUAUAGAGACGUUGCCCCAUGUGGUUCUCAGCACCCCACAAGGGACUAUGCAUUAGUCCCCUCCCCCAUUUUGCAGAUGAGGAGCCUGAGACCCAGAGUUUUAAGUGACCUCAAAGUCCCAGAGGUCACACGUGAUGGAGAGAGGAUUCAGAGCCAGGGCCUCAUUCUCCCCGCCGCUGUGAUGAUGUGUGCAGGAUCCAGCAUUGCUGGCUGAGGACAAAUCAGGGAGAGCAAGCUGAGCAUGCAGGCCCCUCCCAGCCUCCCAGAGCAGGCUGACAAGGGAGAAGUCUGGCCACCUGCCACAUCACAGAAGCAAACCGUGCCUUCUGGCUAUGCACCCCAUGUUCCUAAAAUCACAGAAGCCCAACAGCACCAGCGAGAGAGUGGGCCUGCCUGCUGGAUGCUGUCCAAGUCUGUACCUACUCCGCUUCCCACCCAGAGCCUGAAUCAUCCCAGCUCCAAUGCAGCCACCGACUCCAUCAAGUGGGGCCUCGUGUUGAUUCUCAGGGGUCUGAGGUGGUGGUCCCUGCAGGACCCCCAGCAACUCUGUGGUGUCCUUGGAAAAUCCCCACCGUGUUAGUGCCCUGCCCUCUCUGUGGUUUCUCCUUUGGCUUGCUUUAUGGCCACUGAACCAACCACUUUGUGUGUUAUGCUCCUCCUAUGAUGGAAAACAAAAACAAGUAUAACUUAUUUUAUAUCUGUGUUCAGACUAUAUAGAGGAUAUUCUAUGUACCUACGAUGUGCUCAUUACUGUAGUGCGUUUGUCAUUAGUAUUCAUGUUAAUACAGCAUUUAUCCUUUGGUACCCACUUG